CCUUCUCAUUGCUCCUUUUCACCAGCACUAUAUGGCGACCACCCGUACUUUUCAUAGAUUGAUUCGUAUCCAAAAUGCAUCUAGGUAUCAAUAAAAACUACUGGAGAUACGGCUUAAGUAUGGUGCACAUUUAUGUGACUGAUCAAUGUCUCAAUAAGUUCCUCUUUCGGUCUUGAGAUCUGGACUCCGAGCCCAGUUGUGCGAAUUCGGAUGAAUACAGUAUUGGGUGGGAAUAUAAAGACGAGGAUCUCGCAAAGGCUUGCAAGCAUUCCCCUACAUUCGUACAACUUCCCGUGCCACCCAGAACCUACAACUCAAGGCUUCAAAAUGAGCAUGUAUUUGCAAAGGCUCAAAUCAUCACUAAAAAAGACCCAGUCGACGUCGUCAUUCGAUGAGCUCGAUGCUGUUUUACCGUCGUUGACUCUGCCAGAGCUCCCCAUCUUGGCAGAGCCACUGGCAUUUGAAAGCCAGUUUUCGGAUCUCGAGUACGGUCCUGUAGUGUUUACUAGUACCCUGCCAGAGAAUAUAGGUCUUCCCGUCGGUAAUCUUUCCCAAGACUUGUUGCCUGGUGUCGUUGACUAUGGGCUCGGUGUACCGGAACUCCCGCCCCAAUACACGUUGAUUGAGUCUUCGGCCAGACAUGACCAACAACCAUGUCCUCCUUUUGCGCAAGGUGGCCGGGACAAAGUAAUGUGCACCUGGCCCGGAUGCUCGAGAGCUGUCCAGAAGAAUAGUCUUGCUCGUCAUAUAAACGAGAUGCAUCGGCGGGUGGUCAAGGCUGUCUGUGACAGCUGUGAAAGGGGGUUCGCGCGCCCAUAUAUGCUGAAGAACCACAUUUGUCGGGCCAAAUAUAGGAGGUCCUGAACUUUCACUAUACGUAUUACGCACUCCCCAGAUCUACCGCU